AUGCCGAGAGAAACAAAUAAGGCUACUUUAUGCCCAUCAACCUCUUCGACUGUCUUCUUUUCAUCUAAUAAUGAUGAAAGAUUCAAUACGCCUUCGGACUCAUCUGUAAGUGACAUUUCGGGUGUAGAGAGUAGUUAUACCAGUCCCAAACGAUUGAAGCCAGAACUGAAGAAUCAUUCUUAUAAGUUUUCUGGAAAUGAAAAUACGAAUGAACUAGAGGGAGAGGCAUUUCUUGGCAGUGGCUUUAAAACAGAAGCAGAUAAUGCAUUUAAUGACCAGUUUACACCAGCUUGCCGCACUACAUAUGUCAGUAAUAAGCGGAAUGUAAACUUCGAGGAGAAUCCAGUUGGACAAUUGCUCGAUUUUCCAACAAGUAAAAACGAAUCUUGCGGACUGUAUUAUAGCACCUCCGCCUCAGAAAUUAGCCAAAAUGAUGAGGACAUUGGUGUCGAAAUUCCAGGAAAAGAUGAACUCCAUUGUUGUCAAACAACAUUGAUAGAUAAUGAUAGGCCUAGUACCUCUCAAUAUUCAGAAACAGAAUCAGAUAUCGAAUUUAAUGAGGUGGUGAAUUUCACACCGAUGGAGGGUAUGGAUAAGGAAAGAAGGGAUCCAAAAUCGUUUGAAAAAAAAUUUGUUAGCGGCAAUUUUGAGGAACAUACGCUAUUAAACUCAGAAAGUGGCCAUUACAGCGGCUGCAAUCAUUCCUCUCGAUUGAAUGUAUCCAAAAAUCCCCAUCUUAACGGCGAUCUGCAUAAGAGCAGUGAAGAUGAGUUUAAUGAACCACUUAAUCAAAUCUCUAGUCUAGAAAGCCUCGCGAUUAAUGUAGAAAAAGGAGAUACGGAUUAUCUCUAUCUUAGUCCGAGAGAAGAACUAUCCGAUUCUUCAUGUUCUUCAGAGGGCCUAGUAAAUAAUAGUUGUGAAAAUGAUCUGAACAUUGAGGAAGUUAUUUACAGAGAUGAUGAAUCAACAGACGAAGAUGAGAGCUUACCGCCUCCGGAUCCAAAAAGGAAAAAAAUUGGUUCCAAAGCUUGUGAAAUAUUGGAUUCCCGGAGAAUUGGUAUAAAAGUACCAAAGUUAUAUAUUUGGUCUUUAAGUGAUAAACCCUUUAGCGUUAUCGACGGGUUAUGUACCAAAUCUCUAUAUCCACUGGGAGACGACGUUGAUACUCCCGAAAGUUUAAGCUCAAGCUCAAUAAAUUCACAAACGGAGCAAAAAGAGGAUCCAACUUUUGAUAAUGAUACAAUGUUGACCGAUCUUUUGGACAUAGGCGGACCUGAAGUGGAAAAAGAGGCCAGUGGUUACAAUGAGUUCACGAAUAAGGGAUUAUUGGAUAGGCCAAAGGGAUCGUUAUCGUCUUUCAGGGAAAGAAAUAAUUGUUUUCAAGAAACAAACGCACAUUAUAACCUGAACAUAUCAAAGUUCAGAAGGAGCGCGGCCUACUGUGUUAGCGAAGAUCAAAUCGGAGUAUUAUAUGAUUGA